UGCUUUACAGCAGCUCUGUCAGUGACAUUUACUCUGGAGAGUAAGAAAACCUUAGAAAAUCUGAAGUUGGAGGUUGAAAAUAAUUUUAAAAGAGAGGACAUGAGUACUGGACCUGGUCACAGAUGCUUGAUGUCUCUGCCUGUCCUUCCCUGGGAGGAGGUCAAGGAAACAAGGCACAGCUGAAAGAGAGGAGGCUGGAUGAAGUUCAUCGCUGCCCUGCAAACGUUGUGUCUGUGGUUCUUGGGAGACUGAUGGGAAAAUGAGGAAUUAGGAAAUGAAGACAUAAAAAAUCCUGCUAGAAACAAGCCUGAAAUUAAUGUGGUCAGAAGGAAGGAAUAGAAAUGAUUCCUGUGGUUUGCAACUGGAAGAUGAUAGGCUCUGCAUCCAGGACAGCAUCACAUCCACGGCACUCGAAAGGAGUGAAUGAGAUGAACUGUUUGGGUUAUAGUAUCUGAAAGGCUAAAUUAUUCUCUUGGAGAGACGUUCUAAAUGAGCCUGACCGAGAUCCUGGAUCUGUGUGAAGAGGACUAAGGAUAUAGGAUGUCAACUGAGACAGAACUUCAAGUGGCUGUUAAAACCAGCACAAAGAAAGACUCCAAAAAGAAAGGUCAGGAUCGCAGUGAAGCCACUUUAAUAAAGAGGUUUAAGGGUGACGGUGUCCGAUACAAAGCAAAACUGAUUGGGAUAGAUGAGGUUUCUGCAGCACGAGGAGACAAGUUAUGCCAAGACUCCAUGAUGAAGCUCAAGGGAAUUGUUGCUGCGGCUCGUUCGAAAGGAGAACAUAAACAAAAAGUCUUCUUAACAGUUUCCUUUGGGGGAAUCAAAAUCUUUGAUGAAAAGACAGGGCUACUACAGCAUCACCAUGCAGUUCAUGAAAUUUCGUACAUCGCAAAGGAUAUCACAGACCACCGAGCGUUUGGAUAUGUAUGUGGAAAGGAGGGAAAUCAUAGAUUUGUGGCAAUAAAAACAGCCCAGGCAGCUGAACCAGUAAUCCUGGACUUGAGAGACCUGUUUCAGCUCAUCUAUGAACUGAAACAAAGGGAAGAAAUGGAAAAAAAGGCACAAAAGGACAAACAGUGUGAACAAGCGGUAUACCAGACAAUUUUGGAAGAAGAUGUAGAAGAUCCUGUAUACCAGUACAUUGUGUUUGAGGCUGGACACGAGCCGAUCCGUGAGCCUGAAACGGAAGAAAACAUUUAUCAGGUUCCUACCAGCCAAAAGAAGGAAGGUGUUUAUGAUGUGCCAAAAAGUCAACCUGUAAGUCUGGAGAAUGGAAACUUAUUGCUGGACAUUGAUGAAAAUCUUGUUUCAGUCACUCAGGCUGUUACCCAACUAGAGCUUUUUGGGGACAUGUCCACUCCUCCUGAUGUAACCUCUCCCCCAACUCCUGCUACUCCAGGUGAUGCCUUUAUCCCAUCUUCAUCCCAGUCGCUUCCUGCUAGUACAGACAUGUUUGGUUCUGUACCUUUCAGCACUGCUGCCGUACCCUCAGGUUAUGUUGCCAUGGGAGCUGUUCUGCCCUCGUUCUGGGGACAGCAACCACUUGUUCAACAGCAGUUGGCCAUGGGUGCUCAGCCUCCAGUUGCUCAGGUGAUGCAGGGAGGACAGCCGAUAGCGUGGGGCCAGCCCGGUAUUUUUCCUCCUACUCAGCAGCCGUGGCCAUCUGUAGCUGGUCAGUUCCAACCAACUGCCUUCAUGCCAACACAAACUGUUUUGCCUUUACAAGCAGCCAUGUUUCAAGGUACCAUUGCUCCUAUAGCUACUGUUCCACCCACAAGUGAUUCCAACAGAUCGAGUCCACAGACAGACAGGCCCAGACAGAAAAUGGGAAAAGAAAUGUUUAAAGAUUUCCAGAUGGCUCAGCCUCCACCAGUGCCAUCAAGAAAACCAGAUCAGCCUUCCCUCAGUUGUACCUCAGAGGCCUUCUCAAGUUACUUUAAUAAAGUUGGGAUGGCACAGGAAGCAGAUGAUUGUGAUGACUUUGACAUCUCUCAGUUAAAUUUGACUCCUGUGACUUCCACAACACCAUCUACAAAUUCACCUCCAACCCCUGCACCCAGACAGAGUUCUCCAUCAAAAUCAUCAGCAUCUCAUACCAGUGAUCCUGCUGCAGAUGACCUCUUUGAAGAGGGGUUUGAAAGCCCAAGCAAAAGUGAGGAGCCAGAGGCUGUGAGUAGCAACAAGCCUGAUGGGUCUCAGGCCUCCUCCACAAGUGAUCCAUUUGGUGAGCCAACUGGUGAUACUAUAAGUCCACAGGUCGGUAGCUAGAUAGCACAGGUUGGGGAAGCAGAACCUCUCUACGCCCAGAUUAACAGACCUAAGAAAUAGCAUUGUUACAGGCUUGUGGUGCUCCAAGACUCAAACGAAACCCAACAACCUGGCAGGCCUUUGCCUUUCAUGCUUUUUUCCAAUUGAUUUUGUCUGACAAGGAGAGAGAUUGCCCUCCUGGACUGGCUCUUCGAGUGUUCCUGAUGUGUUUUUUUGGCAACCAAUGGCAGCACAAAAUAAAAACUCUCCCUGCUUAUCAUACCACGAGUCCAGCCCUGUGCCCACAAGUGGUGGAUAUCCAGACUAGGAAAUCUUACUCCUCGGUCUUCUUUUAAAGAUUUGUUAUCUUCUGUGUGCCACAUAUUGAGUAAUAGACAUUCCUUUUUCUUUUGAGCAAAAAGCAGGGUCUGUAUGUAGCAGUGGCAUUAUCAUUCAACAGCCUUUGGGGCAAAAGUCGGCACUUUCUUUGUCACAGUGACAACUUUUUCAUCAUCAUUUACAUCAGGCUGAUCCUGACCUUUUUUUUUUCCCUAUGUGGACAUAUUGAAAUGACAACAACAAAAAAUACUGGUAGUGUCUUUUUUUUUUUUUUUUUUCAUUUUAUUUCUUAUUCUGUAGUUUUGUAUGAGUGACAGAUCUAACUGCAAAACACCUCCUGCGGAAACGAUUCCCAACUUGAAACCACAGAAUGAAACUCGGUUGUUUAUCCAUCCUGACUGAAAUGUUGCCAAAUGGACCUUUAAGUUCUAGCACAUCAUGAGGAAGAAAUGCUGCUUUCUGUUGGAAUACUCAUGUUGUGGGUAGAGAAAGGACCUGGAGUCCCACUGAGGAAAGACAAAAGAGUCAGUAUUUCCUAGGAAACUCUAAACAAAGUACAGAAAAGGAAUAUUUUUAUUUCUUCAGUAUCUUGCUGCUGUAAUGCUAUGCAGACAAGUGUUUUCUUCUCUGUGUGCCAUUUUUGAUGAAAAAAAAUCAUUUGCCAAAUAAUACUGGUAUGCUUCUGGUUUAGGAGUUUGGAUGAAGCGGACUUUACAAAUGGGACAAGGACGGCAUGGAUUUUGGAAUAACAAACUGAUUCUGUGAUCAAAUUGUUCAUCUUUAUCACUUUUUGUACAUCAGAAAAAUCAAAUGGGAUUUUUAUUUUAUAACUUGAAAAAAAAAUCUUACUGUUAAACUCUUUAAAUGUUUAAGGGGAAAUGGCUUUAAGGAGUUCGAAUGAAAAUUGCCAGGUUUUUUGUAAAUAUAAAUGUUAUGAAAAUUCUUUUACUAAUGCCAUUACACAGUAGAGAAGGUAGCAAGUUGCAGUGCUUGGGAGGGGUGGCAAACCCAAUUUGUGGUUCUCACAUCACAUAUGUUUUUUCACAUGCUUACAAUAAUGGGCUGAAGCUCAAGUGCAUUUGCCAAAAGCAGUCAGCUUGUCAGCGACUAGUAAAAUUAAUGGGAACACAUGAUUUUAUGGUCUAGCGUUAUCACACGGACAUAUUCCACUUACAAGAGCUCACAUUUCAUAGACAUUCCUUUGAACCUCUGCAUAGAAGUCAUCGAACUGUUUACACGCAGAACAAAAGAAUUUAAAACUUCCUUUUUUUACAUUUAUGAAGCAAAAGUGCAGUGUUUGGGUUCAUAUGUUUAGCACAUGAUUUUCAUAAAGAAUCUAUAUAUUUUUGCCCUACAGAGAAUUGUUAUACAGGUCAAAUGUGUUUUCCUGAUGUUCCUAUGCAGUUACAGUAUAUUGAAUUUAGUGGUUUAACACUAAAAAGACAAAAAAAGAAGAAAAAAUAGUAAAAAAAAAAAAGAAAAAUAGAAAAAGGAAAAAAGGUUAAAGAAAUUAAACGGUUAAUCAGUUUUUAGGGUUAUUGUGCAGAUUUUGUUUUUAAAUUGUUUUUCAAUUAAUUGACACAUUAGGAUUUACAUUUUUUGUCAUGAUUAAAAUAGGCCUGGAGUGUUUUACUUUCUUUCAUCUCUAUCAUAAGCUAAAAUGGUUUAGAAGACAGAAUAACUGGGGUGGCAACUGUUGGUAUGUGCAAAAAAAUCUCACAACAUGAUUCCAGUCUUUUAUUUUGAAUUAGAGAAAUUAGAGAAAUGUGCGUUACCGAAUUUAUGUGAAUGAAAAAUUAGCUGUGAAUAGACCUAACGAACCUGCAGAGAAGAGAACUUUUAUCCUCAUUCACGGUCAUUUGAUGCUUCUUCCUUAGUCAUGUGCAAACAGCUUUGUAGCAAAUCUUAUUUUCCCACCUGAAGAAAGAUCAAGUUUUCUAACUGGAAAAGAUAUUUAAAACUUGGCAGAUUGAGUGUUUCAGGAUUAAAAGCGGAGGUAAAAGUGUUUCUAAAGGACAUUUCUGUACAGAAUAUUUUGAUGAUUUGCACAUUGGUGCUACUUUCUUCCUCAGUGGCUUUUUUGGGUUUUGUCCUACAUGUGGAACCUCAAAGACAGUUUUGGUUCAUCAUAGACAUUUGAGGUUUAGUAUUGUCAGUGCAUUUCCAGAUAUGGGGUAAAAUGUUGAAAGAAGAGAUUUAUGUCUCAGAGGAUCCAUUGACAUCAUAUUUGUAGGAAGCGGAUCAUUAACGAAUAGGUGCCGAGGGAAUGAGGCUGGAAUUCUAGUGUCUCCUAAGAGACGGCUGGACCAUCACCACAGACCUUUGUCUUACCUUUACCAACUCUCAUAAAUAAAAACCAAUUCCGAAUUGUCUUGUCAUAUGAUCGUCCUUGUCAUGGUUGAGAUGCUGAGUCGAGAGGGCUGGAGGGCCUCUACACUGUACCAGUAUUGUAGAUAACUGAAAUAUCCAGCUUGUGCAAUUGUUUAAUCCCUCAUCCUUCACUAGCACUAAAUUCGUCACUUUAAAUUUAAAAACCAGGGAAUCCCACCAGCCAUCCUGUAAUCAUCCCCUGUAGGUUCUUGAUCUUUACCUGUCAUGAAAAAAUAUUUUGAUAGAUCGUAGUCAUCCAAGUGUCUGAUGAAACCUUUCAUCUAAUAACGUACUGGGCACCUUCUUUGCAAAGAUGUUUACUCCGUGGUUUUCAUUCAUUUUUAUUUCUGCAUUCUGACACUUAUUUUUUUAAUAAAGAUGAGAAAGAUAAAAUGACUGUUUCAGUACAUUUCUAAACCUACUUUAACUUUACCUCAGAUAAUGACCAUUUGUUAACAUAUACGGACACAUUAUUUUUAACUUUAUGUAUAACGCAUUCAACAGCAACAAAAGAAACCAACAAAUUUUUAGAAAUUUUCCAUUAAUUUCUGUAACACACCAUGUAAUACUGUUAUGAAUAAAAACAUUAAAAAAAGGUGUCAUUUCAGUAAGUUUGUUUCAUAGUUUUUGCUCUUCUGGGAUAAUUCUGCCAUUCUUACAGUGUGGUGUUGGUUGUUUGGCAUGGCCAGUAUGUUUGACAGUUGAAGUAUCUGGGAAAGGAGAAAAUCCUCAGUUUGGGGAAUAACUAAUCUUAAACACUAAGUGUUGCUUAUCUUGCAGAUACAUAAUUUGCUGAUUUUAAUUGCUGCCUCCACAUUUUUGGUCUCUUUUUGGGUGUUUUAGGGUGAGUAUCCCAAACUGGUAGGUAUUUUUGUCACCUCUUGCAAAAUUACACAUUCCUGGGACAGGCCACACUGUUUGAUACUCCCAUAGCUGGUGUACCUUUUUGUCAUGAGAAACUGAAAUUAAUUUUGCUCACCAUUUUUCAUUCGAGUAAGAUUUGAAAUUAAAAAUGUGCAUUUAAACAUGACAAUUUUGAAAGCAGAACCCCCUCCCCCCCAAAUUUCCAGAAAUAUGCACAGAACUGAGAGCAAAGCCUUGAUCCAGUACCUCAUGGUAAUGAUACCACCUUCUGUGUCAGUGGGACCUUUCUACUGCUUGAGGCAAUGUGUAGGGUUUGCUGGAGUGAAACUCUCAGUUCCACAUGCAAAUUAAUAAUGGUUGAUAUUCAGAGGUACCAAGUACUGGAUCUCUCAGUUGAGAAGGAACAGUACCAUUCUUUGCCAAGAGGGUAAUGCAAUAAAAUUUAAGGGUAAGAAAUACAUGUUUGUAUAGAGGAAGAAAGAGAGGUGUGAAUGUGUACACAUGUACUUUACUGUAUUUCUACUUUUUGAUGUCUCGUCCCUUUCUCAUCCACCAGAAAUGCCCAGUAGGUCAUGCUGAAACAUUGAUUACCUUUGUCAAUGUUGAAAUUGUUGAAAUACUUGGAUCCCACCUAAGAAUAAAGGUCAUUCUGUUGUGAUGAAAGCA